AUGGCGCUCAAAGGGAAGGAGACGAUCAAGAGCAUGAUGAGGAAAUUCGGAGACAAAGCCCUAACUCCGCGACUGAAGGAGGAGGUGAAGAAGAAAGGCAUAAUGGGAGACAAAACCCUACCUCCGCGAUUGAGAGAGGAGCUCAAGAAGCAAGGCGUACCCAACUCCAAAAUCAUUAUGGGUCGGGCCAAACGUGGCAUCUACGCUGGCUGCCACAUCCAGUUUGGCAAUCAAAUCAGUGAAGACGGUGGCAACAAGUCAAGGAGGACAUGGAAGCCAAAUGUGCAGGAGAAGCGUCUCUUCAGUUACAUCCUUGACCGUCACAUUCGAGUAAAAGUCACCACCCAUGCUCUCCGUUGCAUAGACAAAGCAGGUGGGAUUGAUGAGUACUUUCUGAAAACUCCUUACCAGAGGAUGGAUACAGAAAUGGGUCUCGUCUGGAAAGCCAAAAUUGAAAAGCUUUAUGAAGAGGUUGGGCAGACGCCAGUUGCGUUAAUUAAACCUGAAGCCGAAGCCAAUUUGGAACAGAAAUUCGAACAACUAAAACUAGACGAGAGGGACGUCAGGAGAGAGAUGUACGGUUGGUCGAACAAACUAAAACAGAUUGAGGAAGGAGCUGACAACCAAGUAGCUGAUGAGGAAGGUGCAAGGAUUGGAGAACAAAGCUCUCAUGUUGAUGUUCCGGAGCGGUUGGUUGCAAACUCCUGA